GGAGGGUGUGUUGCUGAAAAUAUGCAAACACAGAAAUCACAGCUGAAAGAGGGUACUAUCAAUAAAACAGCGCUACAGAUAUUGUUCAGAAAUUUCUGUACCAAAAAAGUAAACAUUGAAUUUAUUGCACUGGCUCAACCCCCCUCUUCCUUUCUGGCUCACAUGCACUUCUUUUUCUUUCUUUGAAGUUCAUCUAUCCACACAUACAUAUCCCUUUAGCCUUUAUUACAAGCCUCAGAUAUAACUACUUCACUUGUUGUGACUAAGCUCACUAAUCAUUAUCAUCAUUCAUCAUCCCCUAGACACAGUUCUGAAACAUUCCAUUCCAUCUUACAAUGCCAGAGGUUUAUACUGUGAAGGUUGAAGAGGGAAGGCUUGCAACUGAUGGAAAGCCAUCAGUGGGUCCUGUCUAUAGGAGCAUUUAUGCUAAAGAUGGUCUCUUGGAGGUUCCUUCUGAUUUUAAGUCCCCUUGGGAUUUCUUCAGGGACUCUGUUAAGAGGAACCCCAACAACAAUAUGUUGGGUAGGCGUCAAAAAACCGAAUCUAAGUUGGGUUCCUAUACAUGGCUCACGUAUCAAGAUGUUUAUGAUGCUGCCAUGAAAAUGGGUUCGGCCAUAAGGAGCCGUGGUGUCAAUCCUGGAGAUCGUUGUGGCAUAUAUGGGUCCAACUGCCCUGAAUGGAUCAUUGCAAUGGAGGCUUGCAAUAGCUGUGCAGUGUCAUAUGUUCCAUUAUAUGACACCCUUGGUCCUAAUGCAGUGGAGUUUAUCAUAAACCAUGCUGAAGUUUCAAUUGCAUUUGUACAGGAGAAAAAGAUUCCAUCAGUUUUGUCAUGUCUUGCACAGUGUUCUUCAAAUCUUAAAACUAUUGUGAGCUUUGGAAGUGUUUCUACCACACAAAAGAAAGAAGCUGAGGGGCAUGGCGCGUCCUGCUUCUCAUGGGGAGAGUUUCUCCAGCUGGGAUGUCUGGAUUGGGAUCUACCAUCAAAAAAGAAGACUGACAUUUGCACAAUAAUGUACACAAGUGGAACAACUGGAGAUCCCAAAGGUGUCGUUAUUAAGAAUGAGGCUUUCAUGGCUGAAGUGUUGUCUGUUGACCACAUAAUUAUGUUAACAGACAGAGUGGCAGGAGAAGACGAUGUGUACUUUUCCUUUCUUCCUCUUGCUCAUGUAUAUGACCAAAUAAUGGAGACGUAUUGCAUCUCCAAGGGCUCAUCAAUAGGAUUUUGGCAAGGCGAUGUCAGGUUCUUGCUGGAAGAUAUUCAGGAACUGAAACCAACUAUAUUUUGUGGAGUUCCUAGAGUUUUUGACCGUAUUUAUGCAGGUAUCAAAAGCAAAGUAUCUUCUGCAGGACCACUGCAGAGUACAUUGUUUCAGUGCGCUUACAACUACAAGUUAAAAUAUCUGGAGAAGGGUCUUCCGCAACACAAAGCAGCACCUCUGUUUGAUAGGCUUGUGUUUGAUAAGACAAAACUAGCUCUAGGUGGACGUGUUCGCAUCCUGUUAUCCGGAGCUGCUCCUUUGCCUAGGCAUGUGGAAGAGUUUAUGAGGGUCACUAGUGGAUCUACAUUAUCACAAGGAUAUGGUCUUACUGAAAGUUGUGCCGGGUGUUUCACGGCGAUAGGUGAUGUGUAUUCUAUGACAGGAACUGUUGGAGUUCCCAUGACAACCAUUGAAGCCAGGCUUGAAUCUGUGCCAGAGAUGGGAUAUGAUGCCCUCUCCAAUGUACCCCGUGGAGAAAUUUGUCUGAGAGGAAAUACCUUGUUCUCCGGUUAUCACAAGCGUGAAGAUCUUACCAAAGAAGUUAUGGUUGAUGGCUGGUUUCAUACAGGUGACAUUGGAGAAUGGCAAUCAAAUGGGGCCAUGAAAAUUAUUGAUCGGAAGAAGAAUAUCUUUAAAUUGUCUCAAGGAGAAUAUAUUGCUGUGGAGAAUAUUGAAAACAAGUAUUUGCAAUGCCCUCUUAUAGCAUCGAUUUGGGUGUAUGGAAACAGCUUUGAGUCAUUCUUGGUGGCUGUUGUGGUCCCUGAAAGAAAAGCCAUUGAGGAUUGGGCAAAAGAGCACAAUUUGACUGAUGAUUUUAAAUCUUUAUGUGAUAAUCUUAAAGCAAGAAAACACAUUUUGGAUGAGCUCAACAGCACUGGUCAGAAACACCAACUUAGAGGAUUUGAGCUGCUAAAAGCCAUUCAUCUGGAACCAAAUCCCUUCGACAUAGAAAGAGAUUUAAUAACUCCAACAUUCAAAUUGAAGAGACCACAAUUGCUCAAGUACUACAAGGAUCAUAUUGAUCAACUAUACAAGGAAGCAAAGGGAGCAAUGGUGUAAACCAUGCAGCAAGUGGCCAUGCUGUGUGCAACAAUUUUAAGAUUUCUGCUAGUUAUGAAGAAAAAUCCAUUUGGCAUUCUGUGUAUUUGGGUUCAUUAUUGUAUUGACUGAAGUGCAAAACCAUAAACAUAGAUAGAAUAGGCUGUAUGCUGAAACAGCAGCUCCAUAUGUCAUUCUUGUAAAAAAUCACAUAAUAAAAUUGUGUGGCCCAUGCAAAAUCUGUAUUUUCUUUUGGCAGAUAUGCUUUAUUCUUUCAUUUUUAUA